AUGGAAGAGUAUUUGCGGAGGGUCCAGAGCAGACUCGGGGCAGAUGUAUCCAAUGAUUCCAUCCAUGCUGUUUUAGGCGGACCAGAGGCAGAUGUUGAUACUGUGGCAGCAACACUGUGCUUAGCACUACACCUCAGCCAGAGUCAGCCAUCAGGUGGAGUGUGUGUGCCGGUGCUGUGUGGCCGGCGAUGUGACGCUGUGUUACCCGGGGAGACGGUGAGGUAUCUGCAGAGUGUGAACAUUUGUGAGAGCUUGCUGUUGUGGAGGGACGAUGUAGAUCUGAUGAAACUUCAUCACACCAGAAAACUCUCACUCACACUGCUGAGAGAUGGACUGCUAGACAGCUCUGAGUACCACACUCUGGAGUCCUGCAUCCUGCGAGUGGUCCAUCACGACGGGCAGCAGGACGCAGGGGAUUAUGGGGCAUCGUCCGCAGUGACGACAGUCACCAGAGAGAUUCUUCAAGAGGCAGUGGAGCACAUCAGAGCAGUGCUGAGGGAGACUCUCGGAGACUUGGAGCAGCUGCUUUCCAAGGAGCUGAAAGAGUAUUCAGAUGGAGAGAUGACCAUAGCUUUCACCUCAGUGACCUCAGACGAGGAGGACUGGCAUAGUUAUGUGGACAGGCUUAAAUCAUUCAGUGAUCACCAUGGCUAUGAUGGUUUCAUGGUUCUCUUGUCCAUCAGUGAUACAGUUCAUCAUCCCCGCCAGCAGGUGGCUGUUUAUUCUAACAACGCUGAUAUUCUAAACCAGAUCUGCUGUGAGUUGGAAGAGUCUUCCUAUUGGUCUCUUUCUGGUGAAUUGGAGCACAGGGAGUGUCUCCAGGUGUACCACAUCACUGAUAAUUCUCUGCUGGAAGAAGAGAUUCGGAGAUUCCUCAAGGAGUUUGUUGAUCGGCGGAGCUCUGUACUGGCUUGUCACCCAAGCAGCAGGACUUCUUCCACAGAGGGAGUAGCAGGCAGUGUUGAGUUCUCCCAGGGAUCAUCCGGUAUCAAUGAUAUGGAUGGUUCUGACGUAGAGAGAGUUGAAGGAGGCAGUGGAGAUGUGGUGCCAAUAGCACGGGUGAUGGCAGAUGGUGAAGAGGACACAGGAGGUGUGGGAGUUGGUGCAGGUGGGGAGCUAGUGAGUCCUGACAGUGGUAUGACCACAAUCCGCAGCAGUCGCUCCUCCAAGGAGAGCUCAGUGUUUCUUAGUGAUGACAGUCCUGUCGGUGAGGUUAUAGCAGGUGGGGGGUCAGCAGCAGGACCAGGAGGACUCUUCCUGAGAAACCCAUCUCCCCUGGGGUUGUUAUCACUCUCCCCUCCUGUCCCACCUGAAAGGAGGAGGAACCGCUCUAGCAGGAAUAGGAGUGAGAACUUUGACCUGUUCAGUUUUGACCCGCUACAUAGCAGUGACCACUCUCUGCCAGCAGGAAAUUCUGGAGGAAGAGGAGAUGGGGAAGUAAGAAGAGCGGGAAGCUCAAGUCUAUCAGAAUAUGAAGAACUGAGCUUGCUGGAUUUCUCAGCUCCCAGUUCACUGGGGGGGCUUGAAAGCAGAAUUUUUUCAGUUGACCACCAUGGUCAAAUCCAGGGGAAUGAGAUAAUUGAUACUGUGGUUCCUCCAACUCCAGUUAACAGCCUGGUAGGUAGUCGCCCUCCCAGCAGUUGCGGGGUCAGGUUCUUUCCAGAAGAUGUAGUUGAAAGGAUCAAUGGCCUGCAGCAUAAGGACAGUGUGUCAUCAUCCUUAUCGGAAACCUGGGAUGAACUUGGCUUUGACACACAGGGAGGAUUGUCCUCAAGUGAUAAUAACGCCUGGAAUCGGACAAGGGAAUCUGUGAGCCCACAGAAUGUUAUGGAGGAAGUUGGAGGCAAAGAGUUAAUUGGUGACACAACUGAAAGAGAAAAGAUCUUAAAGUCAGAUAAGUCCCACCAGAGGGGAAUGGGUCUUGAACCACAGCUAAGCUUGAUCACUGAGCAGACUGAAUCAUACGACAACUGGAACCCAGAUUCUCUAUUUGAGGAUCAAUGGAACCUUGUUACUUUGACUGAUCUGCAACUCACGCCUCCAGAGGAGGAAGUAUUUGGAAAAUGCAAAGCUGGUAUUAUUGAAGUUCAAGAAAAAACAUCUUCAUUGUCGAAAAAGAAAGCAAUCCCAAACACUCUAACACCAGACACAUCUAAAGAAGAGGAUGAAGGGGAACAGGGGAGAAAAGGAGACAGACAGACAGAGCUUCUAGACUUCUGGACUUACUCAGCACAGAAGGGAUUUCUUAAAUCUGAUAGCGGUACCACCACAUCUUACCCUGAAUCACUAGAUAUGUGGAAUAUGACAAUCCGGGAUGACAGUAUAUCACCUCUCACAACCCCUGACAACUUGUCUGAAAACUCAGGUUCUUUCUGUGGAUUGAACCCCAAUGUUAGGGGUGGCCCCUCUGUUGAAAGUCCCCAAGGAUUUUCUGAUGGUGGAAUGGAAAUGUGGAACACCACCAUACAAGAAGACAGCUCUUCCACAAUAACAAGUCCAGAAGAGCCAGAAAAUGGAAAUCACCCUUGUCACAUGGGAUCAUUAGAAACCAGUGAUACUCCUGAAACAAACUCAACCAAACUGAUGGAAGAGGAAAAGGCUGUAGAAGAGAAAGGUGUGAAUAAAGUACUUAGUCAAACACCUGGAGAAGUGGAGUGGAGAGGUAAUGAACACAAUGUGAAAAUAGUUGUAGAGGUUGCAGAUGGUAGGACACACAGUGAAAAAACACAUGAUGAUGACAUCCAGAGUGCUCUGGGUCAAAUGUCUGUCUUGCAGAAUUUUGAAUCUGAAAAUCCAAAAGAUGAGACUCUCCCACACCAACGCAGUAACAUGUGGGACCUACCUGUCCCUGGCAUGGUCACCUCCACCUCAGAAUAUGAUAAUGUUGGAGCUGGUGCUUGGAGCCUGACAUCCUCCCCUGAGACCUAUGCUAGUCCAGUAGUAGACAUAAUACAGCUAGAAGAGCAGUCCAGUCCUUUUAUAGCUGUGACCAAGCCUACUCAGAUAGAUGAGGGACAUGAUCAAUACCAGAAGGCUGAUUCUCUAGGUGAAUACAGAGUAGAGCAGCCAGCUGACCAAGUGUUCCUAUUUGAGGGACCUAGUGAGUUGAGUGACAUGACCAGAAGUGGAGGAAGUUCAGUUGAGAGUAGGUACGACAACAAAAGCGAAGGAUUAGAGGAGGCUGACUGGAUAGAGCAACCAAGUGAUCAUUCCCCAUUUAUUCUGGUGGACGAUUCCUCUGUCACUCAGAUCAUUUCAGCCAGUCGUCAUUCAAGUCCAGGAGAAGCUGCUGGGACUCAAAUCCAAACUGACCAAUCUUUGUCCCCAAAUCUGAAUUGGAGUAUUGAUAGUCUUGUUUCCGAGAAAUAUGAUGACCCUGAAUCAACUUCAAUCAGAAGGGCCCACAACCAAGAUGAGUCUAUAAUUGAAAGGCAAAGUGGUCCUAACAAUGAGAGCAAUGGAAAUGCGGAGGGUAAAACAACAGAGACCAUGUUAUUGAGUCCCAGUUCUGGGGGGGAGAAAGACACAAUGAAAUAUAGUCCAGACAGUCUUCACCCAGGCAGUCAAGAUGACCUCAGGUCCAAUUCUGACGGAGACUCAUCAUCAGGCCUUGAAAUGGAAAACAUCAUUGUAUCUGGCACAGUGAAGGAAGAUGACAUAGAGUGGCAAUAUAGGCUUAAAGAGGGUGACAGGCAAUCAAAAGGAACAAGGAAGUCCAUGGAAACAUUUAGCAUGCUUUCCUAUGCUGCCACAGUAUUGCAAAUCCAGGCCCAAGUUGCACGUAGAGAACACCAGGAGAACACACCACAAAGCAGGCAAAGCCAAAUGUGUAGCGAUACUGAAGGUACUCUCAAUGCAGAUGACGAGCAAAAUCAAGCUGUCUUUAAAAGUACCAACAAACACACCACAGAUCAGACAUGCUCAAAAACAGGAGUAUUGCAUCAGUCCAGCUCUGAUGAGUCGGCCCUCAAUGCGUGCAGUGAGUCUCAACCUUUCACAGACAGCACUCGUCCCCAAGAAAAUGCAAGUAAUGCCAAUGAGCAUCACAUGGUGACAAAAACAAAUUCUCAAGAUUUUCAUCAGUCAAGACCGACAGCAUGUAGUCAAACACAGAUAGAAGAAGGAAACUAUGAUGAUAAAUCAGGCAUUGUGGCCAGAAGUGUGUCUCCAUCAUUAAGAUAUCCAUCAGAUCACUUCCUGAAAACGAGAGAGGAAGUUUAUGUCCAUUCACAGAUCUCAAUGGAAGAUUCAGAUGAGGGCGGGCAGUCCCCGUCUUCAGCUCCACCAUGUCCUACUUCUUUGGGCAAUUUACAAGUAUGGGGAGGUCAGUUAGCAGGACACGACACACCUCAAUCCACAUCUGAACCACAAUCCCCCAUUCUCAGCUCUGUUUCCCACACCAGCUCUUUGACUGGCACACCAUUAAGUGAGUCAGGUAUUUCCACUGACAGAGGACUUGGCUUACCCUUUUCUGGAGAUUUAAUGGAAGAGGAGAAUGGUGAGGAAGAGCAGGAAGAGGAAACUGAUGUAGAGCUCACUACCCUGCCAAAAUGGACUUCACAAGUCCAAAAUGAGAAGCUGGGUUCCUCUGAUCUGUUGAGUUUCACUGAGGAGCUGAUUGAAGGUUGCUCAUUUCAACAAACAGAUUCACAGACACUUGAACCAAAGAGUAACAGGUUCCUACAGAAUACACUGGAUUACUAUGAUGGAAAACCUAUAAGGACUGUUGAUCCUGAUAAAUGGUCUUCUGAACAACAAACUGGAGAGCUGGAAGCGUCUCAGGAUAGCCAUUCACCCAAUUUAAGACACCAAGAAGUGACAUCACAACUUUUAUCCAAGACAACCAAUGAGAAUACUGCAUACCAGUGGACAGGAAGUCAGAAUGUAACUCAGGGUCAAACCCAAUAUGGCUACAAUUAUCACCACAUUGACCAAAGAACUGAAAACCAGGGUGCCUCUGCAGCCUGCGUAGAUACUAAAUCUGACAGCCAGGAGAAUACUACAGAUGUCUAUGCUGAGUUUACAACUGAUGCCACAACUGCACAGUAUGGUGCUGACCAAGCUGAGAGCUAUUAUGAACCUGGAGUGAUUGCAGACUACAGCUUGGAAGAUCCAGGUGCCACGUUCCAGUACAGUGGUGAAAGCCAAUACGGAAGUGACCAAAAUUCCACACAUGUCUCUGAAGUCCAGUGCUCUCAGUAUCAAGCUGAUGGUCAGAGCCACUAUGAGACAGACCAAGCGCAGUACCAUUUUGAUGGACAGCUAUUCUAUCAAUCAAAUAUCGACGCUCAGAGGGAAGAUCAUGCGCGGUAUGUGCCAGAGGAAUACGUCCACUUUCUCCUCUCAAGCAGGCACUCCCAACAAGGAGACAGCGCAGCUGGGAUGAUGAUGAAGAUGGCUUCCAAUGAGGAAGCCGAGGAAAUGGAAAACAGAGAAGAUCUGUCAGGCGGGUCCAAUCAAAGGAGGAAGUUAGCAGCUCCCCCAAUGAACGUGUCACUGGACCGCAGUGAAGGGUCCAUCCUCUCAGAGGAUGCCCUGGAUACAGAGGAUGAGGCUUUGGAUACAGGGGAUGACCUGGAUCUCAAUCUAGAUGAGCUGGACACAUCGGAUGAGGCAGACUCACGGGAGUUCAACAGACAUGCAGGGGAGUCAGAGGAAUCUAAUCCUGGAGCAGGAGCAGCAUCAAGUGAAGCUGUUGGAGGACACAGAGCAGCUGAGGAGGGCCGGGAGAGCAGACUGUGGAGGAGCGUGGUUAUUGGAGAGCAGGAGCAUCGUAUUGAUAUGAAGUGCAUUGAGCCUUAUAGAAGAGUCAUCUCUCAUGGAGGUUAUUAUGCUGAACAGAAUGCCAUCAUUGUGUUUGCAGCUUGCUUUCUACCAGACAGCGACUGUGACAAUUACAAUUAUGUAAUGGAAAACCUUUUUCUAUAUGUAAUAAGCACCUUGGAACUUAUGGUGGCUGAAGAUUACAUGAUCGUUUACCUGAAUGGAGCCACACCUCGCAGGAGAAUGCCUGGCUUUACCUGGAUGAAAAAGUGUUACCAAAUGAUUGACAGAAGACUGAAGAAAAACCUUAAAAUGUUCAUCAUUGUCCAUCCUUCCUGGUUCAUACGGACAUUGCUGGGAAUCACCAGACCCUUCAUAAGCUCCAAGUUCAGCAGUAAGAUCAAGUAUGUGAAUAGUCUGCGGGAGCUUGGAGAAAUCAUCCCAAUGGAGUAUGUCCACAUUCCACCCAGCAUUGUCAAGUAUGACGAGGAGAGGGGUAUACACAAAUAUGCAUGCAUAAGACUGGACACAGAAUUGCAGGACACAGCAGCUAAAGCCGACAAGAAGGGGAACUCAGCUGUUUAACAAGAUACCUGAUACCAAGAUAUCUUCUCCUUGCAUUAUGCUGUACUCUACAGCAGCAUAUAUGAAAAAAGCCUGUAGCAUGAUGUGUACGGCACAUAGUUGUUACACCAACAACUAGCAAUGGGUUAGACAGCAAGAUGCUGUGGUACAAGACAUCCAGCAAUUGCUCAUUCUUUGAGGUACUAACCUGUGGGUGUUGAACAUCAUAGUUUAUUUACAGUGCAAAGCCCUGCACUGUGCUGAAGGGAAGAUGCUUUAUCGUGCACUACUGUACUUUACACAGUACUUGAUUGUGUUCUUCAUUUGAUGGCUUUUGUUUCAUUCAUCUGUAAUUGGACCAAUGCUCUAGCUCUGAUUCUUGUUUGAAUGACUUUGGAAGAAUUAUUAACGGCUUUAUUACAUUCCUGUACCUUGUACGUGUACCUAGCUGUACCUUUUAUAGCCCAUGGUAUUAAGUGUGGACAUUCAAAAGCCAUAACAAGGCUUGUGAUCUUUCAUCCAAUAACCAAAUACAUGCCAACAGUUGUAUA